AUGUGGCAUCCCAUGGCAUCACACAGCGGUGGGAAGCCAGGCAGGGAGCCUGGCUACGGCCACUACUCCUCAGGGCCAAUGAACACAGCCCACUCCCACCACCAGCCAAUGGGACGGGUGGGACAUCCCUCUGUCAUCAGCACGUCCAGGCCUCUCCCGCCCCCCAUGAGCACCCUGGGCUCCCCCAUGAACGGCCUGGCGUCGCCGUACUCCGUCAUCACGUCCUCGCUGGGCUCGCCGUCUAUCUCGCUCCCCUCCACACCCGGGAUGAACUUCGGCGCGCUCAACAGCCCUCCGGUGAGAGACUGCAUGAUGAACUCCAUGAACAGUGUCAGCAGUUCAGAGGACAUCAAGCCCCCCCCGGGCCUGCAGUCCAUGGGGAACAUCAACUACCAGUGCACCAGCCCGGGAGGCAUGUCCAAACACAUCUGCGCCAUCUGUGGAGACCGCUCCUCAGGGAAGCACUAUGGCGUGUACAGCUGCGAAGGCUGCAAAGGCUUCUUCAAAAGAACUAUCCGGAAGGACCUCACGUACACGUGUCGAGACAGCAAGGAGUGCCUGAUUGACAAACGACAGAGGAACCGCUGCCAGUACUGUCGUUAUCAGAAGUGCCUAGCCAUGGGCAUGAAGAGAGAAGCGGUGCAGGAGGAGAGGCAGCGGGGGAAGGAGCGCGGGGAGAACGAAGUGGAGUCCACCAGCAGCUUCAACGAGGACAUGCCCGUGGACAAGAUCCUGGACGCGGAGCUGGCCGUGGAGCCCAAGACGGAGUCGUACGCGGAGGGGAGCCCCGGUAACUCUACCAACGACCCGGUGACCAACAUCUGCCAGGCAGCAGACAAGCAGCUGUUCACCCUGGUGGAGUGGGCCAAAAGGAUCCCCCACUUCUCAGAGCUGCCCCUGGACGACCAGGUCAUCCUACUACGAGCAGGUUGGAACGAGCUGCUCAUCGCCUCCUUCUCCCACCGCUCGGUCACCGUGAAAGACGGGAUCUUAUUGGCCACGGGGCUCCACGUCCACAGAAGCAGCGCCCACAGCGCCGGCGUCGGCUCCAUCUUUGACAGGGUUCUGACGGAGCUGGUAUCCAAGAUGAAGGACAUGCAGAUGGACAAGACUGAGCUGGGCUGUCUGCGGGCCAUCGUCCUGUUUAACCCUGAUGCCAAGGGCUUGUCCAACCCCACAGAGGUAGAGGGACUGAGGGAGAAGGUCUACGCCUCACUAGAAUCAUACACCAAACAGAAGUACCCCGACCAGCCCGGCAGGUUUGCCAAACUGCUGCUCCGCCUCCCUGCGCUACGCUCCAUAGGGCUCAAAUGUCUGGAGCACCUGUUCUUCUUCAAGCUGAUCGGAGACACGCCCAUAGAUACCUUCCUCAUGGAGAUGCUUGAAGCGCCACACCAGAUCACAUGACACGAGUCCCCCUGUCCCUGUAUAUACCCCCACAAUGUAAUUGAUAUAAAGAUGAAACUUGAUUCAAGUUGUAAAACGAACACAUAUUUUGUACCAAGCACAAAUUAUUAUUAAUGUCAAAAUUUGUAUUUUUGGGGGGUCGGUUUGGUUCUAAGGGAGGGGGGUGGGUAGGUUUAAAAGAAGUACACUGUUAAAAUGAAUUCUAAUAGAAUUAACAGAUGUUUUUUUGUAAAUAGAUAAUUUCAGGUGUCCAUAAAAGCAAGCCAAUGCAAUAUGAAAAAAAUAUUUUAUUCAAAGAUUAAUUGUAUAAAACGGAAACCAUCCCUACAUUUCUAAAAUGCAUUUUAGAAUUUUGCCAGAAUAAAAUUAUUUAAAAUGCA